GGUAAUACACGCGCGCGGAAUUAGCACCGACAGUCGAUAUAACUAACUCUACAUGCUUGCACGGCCGGUCUGCUGCAGGAGAGAGUUAGUGUGUAUAUUUACAGAUGGCGUGCGUGGAGAAUACAUCAGGACACAAUUCUAUCGCACGAGGCUACCUUCUCCGCUACAGUCGCGAUGGGAAACCAUGCUUUGGUACAACAGUUGUGAAUACAUAAAUAUGAAGAUGUGUGUUGUGGACAGACUUUCUGAAGUUAUUUAUGGAUAAAAUUGGCAAUAAAUAACAAUUAACAACGUCACACAUUUGUUUAUAACGGUUCUAAAAUGUGAUGUAUUUUUGCCAACGAUAAAAAAGGAUUUUCUGAAAUUGUGGAAACGGAACCUAUAAGUGCUUCAUGGACACAUUUCCAAUAGUAUUAGGAACCUUUCCUACCUGGAGACUGUAAGUAAUGGUGUGCUACACUAUAUGUUAUCAAGCUAGUACUGACUUACAGUGAUUGAUUCCGACUAACCUAAAUGUAGUCCCCUCUAACAGAAUGAAGAACGACGAUGAUGAAACUGAACAAGCGACCAAAUCAAAACGGAGGAAAGGUUCAAAGAAGAAAGAAAAGAAAAAGAAAGACGCUGGAAAGGAAAAUGAAUCUAAACCUGGGAAAGGAAAUGACACAGACGAAGUCUUUGUCGCAAGCAAUUGCGAAAACAACGAAAGCGUGUCUACCAAGGAGCAAACGACGCGAUUAGAAGACAGUAGUGAUAAUGGUGUUGAAAACAGGCCUAAAAAUGAGGGCGUUAACACGUUGCCAAGGACAACGCGUUCAAGAAGUUCGUCAGAACGCCGGAGUUUUAAAAAUCUUUUUCGUAAACCAAAACUCCAAAAACAACGAUCCCAGAGUACAGGUGGAUUACAAGACAAUGCAGAAAGUGACGGGAAUUUAGUGACAACAUUAAGCGGGGACAAUGCCUCCCCGCCGGAUAAAAAAACAAUUGGAGAAUUUGGAUUGUCCGACAAAUCAGAUUCUGUAGCUGAUCCGAGGAAUAAGCUGAAACGUAUGACUGUUGGAGAGGCAAAGAAAGUAAAAAGUACGAGUAAGUCUCCGGUUAGUGAGUUAUCGCCCAUGGAUAAAUUCAAUUUAAAACCUACAUUGGAAAGUUUAGGGAAAUCAGAGUCCAUGGAAUCACAUUCAUCCUCUCUACCAGAUCUCACUAAUAUUGAGAGUUCAAUAUCAUUUUCGAAAACGGACGAAGAUAAAAAAGUGUAUAAAAGGUCAGUGAGUGCAGAUAUGGGACGUCGGAAGAAAGUGAAUCAUACAGCAGUAGAUUCUGAUGAAAAAGUAAAAAAUGAAAAACAACUUGAAAACAAAAACGAUCCUUCUGAUACAUCUCAGGCAGUUCCCAGUACUGUUCCGUUAUUAAACAUGGUUAACAACAGUGCAUCUAUCGAUGAAAGGAAUGAUGAAGUGAAAAGCCCGAAAGCAUUAUCUACACCACACUCGUCUAUAUCAAACGAGUCAUCCCCUUAUUCUGUCCGUACUACCGGUAACCGUGAUACUAAUCCAAGUACCUCUCCUUGCUCUGACCCCAUUGAUGCAAAACAACUUGAAAAGAAUCGCAAAGAAUCGUUCUCGAAUUUCAUGAAUCUUAGUCAGACUCUACCUCUCCAUUCCGGUUCAUCAGGAGUUAGAUUAUUUAAACAAAAUAGCGCCGAGGAAUGUGAUGCAAAAAGUGAUACUGGGACAGUUCCUAUACCGGAAGCGGAACUGAAUCCAAAAGGUAAGAUUCCAGCGCCUUUGAUUCUUGCAAAAUCUAAAAAUGAGGAAGACGUUAUUGUCGAAACUGUGAAAACGCCUAAAAUCAUAAAUAAUGAUAAAGUUGACAAUGAUAAAGACAAUGCAGAGGAAAAGAGAACAAAACCUAUUUCCAAACAAAACAUUAAAUCUCUACCAGCCUCACAGGGCAGUGAUAAUGUAACAGCAUGGCUGACUAGUUCUCAGGACACGAUAAAAAGGGAGAAAAGAGGAUUAAAACUAAGCGACAGUGCUGCUCAUAUCGAUGAAAAGAAAGACACAGACUCUGAUUUCAGUAAAACUGUGUCAGGUGAGAGAGGUAGAAAUGUUUGUGAUCAGAAAGAAAGUAAGAAGCUCUCAAGGGGCACAUAUAAAUCACCUCGACGAUUUAGUGGCCGGAGUUUACCAAGGAGCAAAGCUAAGGAAUUGAGAGAAAAAGAAUCCAAAGAUAUGGAAAAACAAGGAGAAAUAUACGUAGACAAAGAAUAUGACAAAGGGAGACCUGACUCAGAAAAAGAACAGAAACCAAAAGAGGAAGAACAAGAAUUACAAAAAGAAUUUAAGAGAAAAUCUGGUAUUGCUUCUACUCCAGACAUUCCCAAAGGCCUUGCGCUACCAUCCGAAUCACCAAAGAGUGUAAAUAAUACCAACAAUUUGUGGGGAAAAAUAAACAAAGGAAAUGUUGCUAAACCUUUAGUGUACACUACGGGAACUCAAUCCGAAAUGGGGGACAAUGAGAAACAAAAAGGCAACACGCCUAUAUCUAGAAGUGUUCAAACAUCUCUGGAAAGUUUGAAGUUUGAUAAAAAAGAGGAACCGUUAAUAGGCAAAGCGGUAAAAGUGAGUCUUCGUGACACCGCUGAGGGUAUUAUGAAGAAAACGUACCAACCGAAUGUGGGGUUUGCAGAUGAACAAGGUAAAAAAGAUGACAAACAUACUACAUCAAAAGAUGUCCAAGAUAAAACUAAACGAAAGUCAUCUCGAAACUCUAGUUCCGAUAGUGAUAUGGCAAUUGAUAUUUCUGAAAUCGAUGAUUACUCAGUUUUUAAAACUCCCGAAUCAACUCCGGCUUUAAAGCGGAAAAGACUACCACCUCUAAGUGAAAUUCAAACGCUACAAGCAGAGGUUCAAAAGGACUGUGACACACCUGAUAGUGCCCCUAGACUGUCUGGUAUACUUAAAAAUACAACGGAAGACCCAAACAUAAAAGCAGAUUAUGCUAAAGGAGACGAAAAAGAAGAGGCCACACAAAAACCUCCAAAAAAGCUUUCUCUUAUGGACAUUAUAACUAUGAAAAGACGACUUUCAAAGCACCGAAAGCAAUCAGAGUUAUCUAAGAGACGUCCAAGUAAGCGUUCAAUCAAGUCAUUGGAUAAAGCAGACUUGAAAGACAAGACAAAAUCUCCGGAGAAAAAAUCAGAUACAUCGGAUAAAAACGACGAACCAGAUGUUAAAGUUGACACCAAGGUUAUCAUAGAAAAUGAGACUAACAUUAGUCUUAGUAAACUGGCCUUGCUGCAGGAAACAGAUAUUGUUGAUGAUGUCAUUGAUUUAAGCGAUGAUUUACCUAAAAAGCACAUUAAGUUUGAGCCAGGUGAUGAACCAGUGGCCUCGGAUGAACCUCUUGACGAUGAACCUGCGUUGCCACCUAAUCCUCGUCAUUUAGCGACAAGGCGGGAAAGUCGGAUGCUAGAAAAACGUCGGAAAGUAAUAACAUGUUGUAAGCAGUUUAUAGCGUUCCUAUUUUCCCAUAUAGGAUUGUGUUCUCUCGUGGUAGCUUAUUCCAUUCUCGGCGGCUUCAUUUUCCAAGCUCUCGAAGCUCCAUUUGAGCAACAGACAAGAAUUCACGUGAAAAAGGAAAGGGAGACCGCCAUAAACCAAAUUAUGCAACUAGCAAUUGAAUUAGAAAUGAACAAGCGCAGUCGGGAUAAUUUUACCACAGAGGUGAACACACUUCUUGUGCAUUUUCAAUCGGAAGUGUAUAAAGCCACGGAAAUGAAUGGUUGGAACAACAAAGACGAACAAAGCGAAUCUGAAUUGCAGUGGUCUUUUGCAAGUUCUCUUCUGUUCGCUAUCACUGUGAUGACAACUAUUGGUUAUGGUCACGUGGCUCCUAAGACCGAUUAUGGUAGGAUCGUCACCAUUGGUUACGCUGUGCUUGGAAUACCUCUGACAUUACUGUGUCUUACAAAUAUAGGUGACCUUAUGGCCACAGGGUUCCGAAUGCUAUAUGCUAAAGUUUGCUGUGGUGUGUGUUGUGUGUUGUUCAGUCCGACGAAACGUCGUCUACCAGAUCCAGAAAAAGGCAUCGAAGAGGAAAUGGUUGUCCAAGGAGAGACAAAAUCACCAGGGGAAACCAUCCAUGUACCUACGUCAUUGUGUAUACUAGUAAUGACAGCGUACAUAUUACUAGGAACGUUACUCUUCUCAUUCUGGGAGGGAUGGGAUGUUAUAACCGGAACGUACUUCUCUUUUAUCACUCUCAGUACCAUUGGCUUCGGUGAUGUAGUUCCGGGUACGGCUAUGGAUCAGUGGGCGAAUGAACAGAAACUAGUCCUGUGUGCUAUGUACCUGGUGUUUGGACUUUCUCUUAUUGCUAUGUGUUUCAACUUAGUUCAAGAGGACGUAAAAGCUAAGUGUCGAUGGCUUGGUGCGAAAAUUGGCAUCAUUUAAUAGAUUUACAUAGACAAUAUAGUAUAAGAGUAUGACUUGGAAAACAGAAAUCCUGUAUUCAUUACGGAAAUGGUGUCCCCUUACGUAGCUACGUUAUGAAAUGUUGGAAUGGCUUAAAUACCGAUAAGAAAGAAAGCAGUCAUUGUAAUUCAUGUGAUAAACUGCUGCCCAUGUAAAACAUUACAAUGAAGUGAUUAAUUGUGGCAAAAUAGUGAAAAAGACAUAAUUUGUCACAUAUACCAAAUAAAUUACGUGUCGAUUGUCACGUGGUACAAAUAACAAAAGUUUAUAGGACGAUGGCAAAACGCGAGAUUUGAUGUUCAGAUCAGGAGUGCAACUCCUGCAGAUGAGUGUACAAUAGUCAAUUAUAAUAUUAGACAAGAACGGUGAAUUAACUCCUAAUGAUAUAAAUUGGUGAUACUUUAAAACUGUUAAUUAAGGAUGAUUCUUACAGCCAAAAAAAUGGGGUCAUAUUGAAUCUUUUCAGUAAUAUUUUAAACAAGCAAUUUAUGACUUUUUUUAUUUCAAGCUAGCAAAAUUUCACCAAAACAUGAAAAAAAAAAUGUUGACGUGGAUGUUGAACGCCAAAAAACAAAUGUAGAACUGAUUAAUUAUGCAUUUCAUUUCUAUAUAUUCACAGUUGUCAUAACAUCAUAAACAAAUACAUGUAUUUCUAUAGUUUGGUUCAGUAAUUAUAUUUGUUUUGAUUUCUGGACACCUCAUUCCUCCUGAUGUGUUCGCCGAAUCCAGUAUUGUUGAUAGAAACCCGGCAACUAGUCUAUCAAACAAGUGAAGAUAUAAACACUUAUAGAGAUCCAUGUGUAUUUUAUUAUCUGCUGUUUGCUUUAGUUGUUAUUUGAUCUGUCAAAAUUUCAAAACAAGCUCUGCUUCUCAUUAAGGAUUUUUACCAAAGUUUGCCCGAAGCGUCCUUUAGUGAAGGUAAACGAAUUUCAUAUAAAAGAGGGUCUUGCCCUUAGGAGCCUGCAGGGUCAAAUUCGGCCAAUAAAAUAAAUAAAGUCAUUAUUUUUCUGUUGGAAUGAAGGGCUUUUGUAUAUAUUUGAUCUGAAACAUCCUUGGGUGAAGGGACACCAAUUUUUAUACCGCCGGGUCUGCCCCCACGACCCUGUAGGGAAAGGUCUAGUAGGGAAUAUUAGAAAUAAAUUCUUUGAAAUAGUUCUUCUGUCGUAUAUAGGGAAUAUAGGGAAAAGAAUAUAAAAUAGUAAUAGAAUAUAAAAUGGUAGGUUUGCCUCCCCCCCCCUCGAACCCAAUAUGGGAAGUAGAGCAAAUUCUUUAAAAUCCAUCUUCUUUUAAAGGAAAAAGAUUAUAUUGUCUAAAUUUCGUAUGAAACAGUUAAGCAAAUAAUUUGAAAUCCUUCUUUGUAGAAAUUAAAUUAUAUUGCCUGAAUUUGGCAUGAAGCAUCGUUUGGUAAAGAAGAAUUUUGUAGAAACGGUGGUUCUAACAAGUCGAGGGGCCUCUGGGGCGGUGUCUAAAAGUGGGAAGAUAUCAAAUGAUUUGAAAUCCUUCUUCUUUUGUAGAAAUUACACAAUUUUGUCUAAAAUUUGUUUGAAUCAUCAUUAGAUAAAAGUAAUUUUUGUAUAAACGAUUGAUCAGUAGAACCAGUUUUGUAUAACAUAUUACCAGCAGUUGGAAAGACGGGGCCCAUAGUGAAAAGGAUGUGAUUUUUCAAAAUCAUUCUUCUGUGGGAAUAGAAGAAUGUGUUCAAAUUUGGUCUGCAGCGUUCUUGGGCAACAUGAACUGAAGAUGGCUAAACUUGAGAAAACCCUAUUCCCACAAGGUAGAGGGUGUGGCCAAAUAAAGGAAACACAAACAAGUUGACUGAUGUUCAAUUUAACUGUGUAUUUAAAAUCUUACUUGAAACAAGAUAUUUAAAUGUUAGCUAAAGAGGACGGAUGACUGAAAUGCAUUGUUAUAAGUGGAAGAUCCCAAACUGGAAAAAAGUAUUUGUAAUACGACAUAAAUGACAGCCUUUUGCCAUACUCACAAAACAUAUCCAGGUGAGCGAUAAGGCUCUCAGUGCUUAUUGUCUAAAAUUCCUUUUUUUUUCUGUCAGAAAACUAACUAUGCUUUGCUAUAUAAAUGUUCCGUCUAUAACUUAGCACUUUGCUCCAAGGAUGAAUUUUUGAUGAUGGGAUUUAAUGUGUGUAUAUCUUGUUGUCCUUGACUCAUUUGAUUUAAUAUGUGUAUCUGGCCUAUGCUAUAUGUGAGAAUGCUGUGAAUAUUUGGUUAUAUAUAGAGCGUUCAAGUACAUACUUGUACAAAGGUCAUUCGAGGUCAUCAAUAACAUAAUUAUAAUCAUUGCAUGUACCGAUUAGUGUUAUCUAUAUUAUUCAUCAGCAUUAAUAUUCAUUUUAACUAUCCGUUAGAUGUAUCUUUAUGUUCGUAAUUAGCCUUGGGAAAUGGCUGUUUCUGUUUCAACCCGUCUUAAUCGUUACAGAAGCAUGCACCCGAUAAUUUCCCAUUUCCUAUUUCAUUCCAAAGGUAAAUAAGAUACCUAUUUCUGAAGUUAUCAAAUCAUUUUUCUUUUUUCUACUUUAUCCUAUAUUAUCCGCUGAUUGUAAAUUUCUUUCUGGAUAAAAAGCAAAGGAUAUACAUAUGCACUGGAAAUUAAAUGUUUUUGCAUUGGCAAUAUAUUAUGUUAAGUGGUGUAACUGUCAGAUAUUAUUUUUCAUCUUGUAAAAAGGAGGUUGCUAAUGUAUAUAUGACUGAUGUGUAUGUAGCUCAUAGUGUUAAUUUGACACUUGUUCACAAGGAAAUAAAUAUAGGAAUCUUGGUAGUAGAGACACAUUGAGACGCCAUAAUAAUAUAGGAAUCUUGGUAUUAGAGACACAUUGAGACGCCUUAAUAAUAUAGGAAUCUUGGUAGUAGAGACACAUUGAGACGCCUUAAUAAUAUAGGAAUCUUGGUAGUAGAGACACAUUGAGACGCCUUAAUAAUAUAGAAAUCUUGGUAUUAGAGACACAUUGAGACGCCAUAAUAAUAUAGGAAUCUUGGUAGUAGAGACACAUUGAGACGCCUUAAUAAUAUAGGAAUCUUGGUAUUAGAGACACAUUGAGACGUCAUAAUAAUAUAGGAAUCUUGGUAGUAGAGACACAUUGAGACGCCUUAAUAAUAUAGGAAUCUUGGUAUUAGAGACACAUUGAGACGCCAUAAUAAUAUAGGAAUCUUGGUAUUAGAGACACAUUGAGACGCCUUAAUAAUAUAGAAAUCUUGGUAUUAGAGACACAUUGAGACGCCAUAAUAAUAUAGGAAUCUUGGUAUUAGAGACACAUUAAGACGCCAUAAUAAUAUAGGAAUCUUGGUAUUAGAGACACAUUGAGACGCCAUAAUAAUAUAGGAAUCUUGGUAGUAGAGACACAUUAAGACGCCAUAGAAAUAUAGGAAUCUUGGUAGUAGAGACACAUUGAGACGCCUUAAUAAUAUAGGAAUCUUGGUAUUAGAGACACAUUGAGACGCCUUAAUAAUAUAGGAAUCUUGGUAUUAGAGACACAUUGAGACACCUUAAUAAUAUAGGAAUCUUGGUAUUAGAGACACAUUGAGACGCCUUAAUAAUAUAGGAAUCUUAGUAUUAGAGACACAUUGAGACGCCAUAAUAAUAUAGGAAUCUUGGUAUUAGAGACACAUUAAGACGCCUUAAUAAUAUAGGAAUCUUGGUAUUAGAGACACAUUGAGACGCCAUAAUAAUAUAGGAAUCUUGGUAGUAGAGACACAUUGAGACGCCAUAAUAAUAUAGGAAUCUUGGUAUUAGAGACACAUUGAGACGCCUUAAUAAUAUAGGAAUCUUGGUAGUAGAGACACAUUGAGACGCCAUAAUAAUAUAGGAAUCUUGGUAUUAGAGACACAUUGAGACGCCAUAAUAAUAUAGGAAUCUUGGUAUUAGAGACACAUUGAGACGCCAUAAUAAUAUAGGAAUCUUGGUAUUAGAGACACAUUGAGACGCCAUAAUAAUAUAGGAAUCUUGGUAGUAGAGACACAUUGAGACGCCAUAAUAAUAUAGGAAUCUUGGUAGUAGAGACACAUUGAGACGCCAUAAUAAUAUAGGAAUCUUGGUAUUAGAGACACAUUAAGACGCCAUAAUAAUAUAGGAAUCUUGGUAUUAGAGACACAUUGAGACGCCAUAAUAAUAUAGGAAUCUUGGUAGUAGAGACACAUUAAGACGCCAUAAUAAUAUAGGAAUCUUGGUAUUAGAGACACAUUGAGACGCCAUAAUAAUAUAGGAAUCUUGGUAGUAGAGACACAUUAAGACGCCAUAAUAAUAUAGGAAUCUUGGUAGUAGAGACACAUUAAGACGCCAUAAUAAUAUAGGAAUCUUGGUAGUAGAGACACAUUAAGACGCCAUAAUAAUAUAGGAAUCUUGGUAUUAGAGACACAUUGAGACGCCUUAAUAAUAUAGGAAUCUUGGUAGUAGAGACACAUUGAGACGCCAUAAUAAUAUAGGAAUCUUGGUAUUAGAGACACAUUGAGACGCCAUAAUAAUAUAGGAAUCUUGGUAUUAGAGACACAUUGAGACGCCAUAAUAAUAUAGGAAUCUUGGUAUUAGAGACACAUUGAGACGCCAUAAUAAUAUAGGAAUCUUAGAGACACAUUGAGAUGCCAUAAUAAUAUAGGAAUCUUAGAGACACAUUGAGAUGCCAUAAUAAUAUCAAUGUAAUACGCGAUAGUGCAUAUUUCGUAAAAAACAAUGUUCAAAUUCUAAUUACGUCUAAUAACAUGCAUUAAUCAUGAUGAUUAUAGAUGUGUUUUCAUUAAUUCAUGAAUGUAGGAAGAUAGUUUGUGUGUUAAAAAGUUUGCAACAUGCUGGUCGAUCUAUAAGUGAUAUUUGAUGACGUCUCAAGCAUCGCAGUAACGUUGACGUUAAAGAUAUUUUCCCUACGAUUUUUACUGCAAAUACAUCGAAUCUUAUCAAAAUACCGAGUUAUAGUACUAUUUUUGUGCCAUCAUCUGUUUUUUACGUAGGUUGUAAAGAUAGAACUCGCAACUUCUACAAUAUGCGAUUCCAGACCAAAUAAGGCAGUUACACCAUAGGAUUACAUUUCAGCAUUUCCUUGCUUUAAUUUUCGACCGGAAGUGAUCCGGAGGAAGCAGUUUAGCUAUGGAUAAACUUCACUAAAUAACAUGGAUACUGUCAGGAAUAUGAAUGCAUUUCUUCUUUCAUUUAUGUUAAAAGUUAUCAUUAGUUAUAUCCAUAUUACAUGUUAACACCAUAAAUUAUUUGUUCUGGUUUCCUUCACCUUUCCAAGAAUGUGUUUAUCUGAGUUCAAAUUUAAUGGAAAUACAUCUGUACAUUAUAACUUAUGAUGUGCAUGUAGAAUGCCUGAAAUAGGUGUGUAUGGGCAUUACACAGCUAAUAUCGUUUGUGAAUGAUGUGUGAUGAAUUGUGAGAGUUAUUGUUAAGAUAAAACAAGAAACAAUGUAUAGGUAUCUUAUUUCCUUGAAUAAAAUACCAGUCAUAAGCAGACUGCAACAUUCACUAUAUUCCGAUACGUUAAUGCUGUUCAGUGGAAUAUGUCAAUCGAUGUCUUUUCCUGUUUGAAGACGUGAAUUCAAUAUUUGAAAACAAAACUGACCGAUGAAUGUCCUAUAUAGCUGGUUAUCGCCAUUUCAAAUUUCGUGGUCUUCAUCAUCUACAAAUAACAUUUAAUCGAACUUAAUUAUUUACACGUUUAAACUUCUGGGCGUGAACAGUCAGAUUACACAUGCCUGUCUUUGGAGUAGCACAAAACAUUGGCUGCGAUACAAAAUGGAACACUAUUCUGUGGAAACAGUUAACACCGAUCAAAUUUGACAAGGAUGUAAGGUACUUUAGUUCGAAUAAAAACCAGCAUUUUCUCAAACAUAAAACAGGCGAGAAUUAAGGGUUCAAGCGGAGUGCGUCUGCUUUAUUUCAAACGAGCACCACUUAUUGCCAAACUUACAAGGGAAUCAAGAAAGUGAAGGUGCUUUCUUUUAUCUGAGAAAAAUGUGAUUUGUAGUGUUCUUUUAUCCAUCGGGAACAGUCUACAUGGUCAAUAUUAAUUUGAUUUCAUAAGGUUUUGUAUGCGUCAUGUUAACAGUAAGUACGACGUUUAGUCUUCUCUUGUGUCAUAUGUUAAGAUGCUGUAGGUUCUACAUCAAUAAGACGACAUUUGUAUCUACUCAGUUAACAGAGUCAUUAAAUGCAUGUUAUGUUUUAUAUAAAAUCAAACAAUAUGUGUAUUGAAAUACAAUAUAACAAACCAGAGUUGCUGUCAAAGCGAACGUGCUGUUUUGUUUGAACAAACCUACAUUGUUGUUGCGACUGAGAUCAUGGUAUAUCAUAUGACAAAUUGUUUAACAAAAGCCUGAAAUGUUCAAAUAAUCUAUUCAAAAUUUCACAUGACAAACCUCUGAUUAAGAUAUCAGGCAAUGACACAGCGUACGUUUUGUAUUUUGUAUGUACAUAGUACCCAUUUGUAUCAUUGUAAAUAACAUGGUAUUCGGGGCAGGUCUAUUCUAGGUUCUUCUCCUUAAUGCCAAAACGGGUUCCAUAAUGUUCCUAGUAUUGCCUUUUGAUUAACCGUAUAGACAAUGACUACAAAUUUCGGCUGGUCACACUAUACAUUCUAACCUGAUUGGAAGAUGUGAGUACAUAUUUACAGAUGAAUAUGUUUUUUUUAUUCAUAUGAACAUUGUGUAUAUUUAACUGCUAACAAGUGUGAGCAACCCACCCAGGGACUUAAAAUGAUGUGAAUUUCUUGACAAUAUUAAAAUGUUUAUUAAAGUAAAAAAAAAAAACGUUAACACUUCUUCAUUUGAAAGUUCAAUUUUUGAAAUAAAUGUGAAGAAAUCUCUAUCCAUUUAAAUCCCUGUGGGACCUGAGUUUGAAACAGUGUCUUUCAGCUUCCGACGGUUUGUCCAUGUAUAUAUAAACAUAGAAAAAUAUGUAUCAACCAAGUAAAAAAGGUGUGAAAAUGCAAAUAAAGUGAGUGAGAAGAGGAAUUAAAUAGCGAUUGUUUGUGCAAUGGUUUUCAUGUUAAUGUUUCAGUUUAAAUACAUAAAGUCAUUUUUUGAAUUUG